AUGUCUGAGGGAGCUUACCAGCGCCUGUGGGUGGCCUCGCAUGGGACCCUGCAGGAGCUGCUGGGCAGAGAGCAGGCCCUGCUGGACGCCGUGCCCCACCGGGAUCACCAGGCCUUCCGAUUCCGGCUUGCUGCGCUCUACCUGCGCUACCUGGGGCUGCUGCGCCAGUUCGACGCCAUCUACGACCAGAUGGCGCAGCCGCAGAAGCGCCUGCUGGUGCGGCGCCUGCUGGACGGCGUGGCUGGCCGCGUGCUGGAGCUCAAGGAUGAGCUGGUGCGCGUGGACCUGUGCGAGACGCACUGCCUGUACCGGGUGCUGCAGGACCUCAUGCUGACGCCGGCAGACCUCGAGGUCCCGAUCCCCAGAUACUUCCGGCUGGAGCAGCCCAGCGCAGUGAAGGAGUGGCAACAGAAGCUGGCGGACAUCCUGGCCAGGACAGUGAUGAUCGAGGAGAACCUUCCAGGAUUGCACAGGACCGAGGCCGUCAUCUUGGUGCAGAGGGCUGAGCGUGCGCGACAAGGCCGGCUGCGAGCCACCUUCAUGCGAGAGAUCCGGAGAGAGGAGGAGCGGGACCGGAAGGUCCGCGAGGACAAGUGGCACAAGUUCAGUCAGGACCAGGCAGCGCUGGUCAUACAGAAGGUGUGGAAAGGUCACCUGCAAAGGAAACGCACCCAGCAGGACCGGCGCAAGGAGAUGGAGUUCAUUGGCAUGCUCCCCAUGCCCAGCCAGGCAGAGCACUUGGACAUCCUGAGGAAGGCCACCCUCAGGGAGGAGAGCCGGAGGCAGCGCCAGAAGGAGAUGGAGGAGGAGUUCCACCAGGCCAGGGUGAAGGCCCGGGAAUGUGUCGCUGAGACCCAGGGACCGGACAUGAGGGAGAAAAUGAGGGAGCAAAUUCGACAGUGGUUUAUUGAGUGCCGCGCCAUUACUGGCCAGUUCCCUGAUUAUCCAGACGAGUCACUGGGUGGAUCCUGCCUGAUCUUCGCUGAGAAGACCCCAGAGCAGGUAAAAAUGGAACUGCAGAUGCAGCCCCAGGAGAGCAAGAAGAAGGUGAAAGAGACGAGUAAGGACAGAGACCAGGAGACAAAAAAGGAAAAAAAGAAAGGGAAGGAAGAAAAGGUCAAGAAGGGGGAAGCAGAGACCAUGUUGAAAGUGUUGCCCUCCAAGUUUAUCCCUGGGAUCACCUCAGGACACCAGGAAUACAUCAAUGUGUGGAAGAACCGGAGCAAGAGCCAACACCCCAGCCAGAGCUUUGACCCUGAAAUCCUCUGGGAGGAGAAGCAGAAGGAAGUGGAAGCGGAGCUCCGUGUACAGGUGGACGAGCUCAUGCGGCAGGAGCUGAAGAACCUCCGUCUGGCUGUGGACAAGGAGGACGGGAGGCCUUUCAAGACUCCAAAGAAGAAGCCUAGCAAGAAGCCUGGGAAGAGGAAGAAGGAAAAGGAUCUGACCUCAGACAGGACCCUGGACUCACUGUAUGAAGAGCUUGUCAUUGCUGGUGUCCUAAAGAAGAGUGACAACGUGGCCUUGAAAGACUAUGUAGGAGACUGCCUCUACCUGGGGUCUGCGCUGAUGUUGGCUAACAAGAUUCCCAUGCCUGCCCUGUUUGAUAUACGACAGAACAUGGCCUUGUACGGAGUCCUCCGGCUGGGCUCUGCAGACAUUCAUUCCCUGGCUCCCCUCAUCCGAUCUGUCCUCCUGGUGGGGCCCUCUGGCACAGGGAAGAAGAUGCUGGUCCAUGCGGUGUGCACAGAAACUGGGGCCAACCUGUUCGACUUGUCACCUAGAAAUCUGCAGGGCAAAUACCUGGGCAAGACUGGGGCUGAGAUGCUUGUGCACAUGGUCUUCAAGGUGGCCCAGCUGCUCCAGCCCUCUGUCAUCUGGAUUGGAGACGCUGAGAAAAAUUUCUAUAAGAAGAUCCCAAAAGAAGAGAGGCAGAUGGACCCAAAGCGCAUCAGGAAGGACCUGGGCAAGGCCGUGCGGCUGCUGAGUCCAGGGGACCGGGUGCUGCUCAUCGGAACCUCGGAGCAGCCGCAGCUGGCGGACAUGAAGGGGCUGUGCCGGCUGUACGAGCGCAUCCUCUACGUGCCCCGGCCUGACUACGCCUCCCGCUACGUGCUCUGGAGGCAUCUGAUAGAGGCCCGGACACAGGUGACUCCCAGCCUGGACCUCAGCGCCUUGGCCAGGGUGUCCGAUGGCUACACGUCUGGUCACAUCGUCCAAGCCGCCCAUGCCGUACUGAACGAUAGGCGGCUCCUGCAGUUGUCCAGGCGGCCUCUCAGGCCCUCAGAGUUCCUGGAGCAGCUGGCGAAGUUGGACCCAGUGUACAGGGAGGAGGAGGAGUCCCUGAAGGACUGGUACUUCAAGACCCCACUGGGCAAGAAGAGCAUGGUCCUCAGCAAGGGCCAGUUAGAGACUGAGGAGGCCAAACUGACCAAGGAGAAGAACAAGAAGUGAAGUGUGGAGCCCCGCGGCGUCCACAUGGGCAGCGCCUGGGGCCUGCGGGACAGGGGACAUGUAUAAAUGCCAGGGU